AAAGCAGAGUCCUUCCUGCAGCGGAGCGAGUGGAUGUUCUGAGGCCUCCAGUUUGCAGACCCAGAGUCCUUCCUGAAGUCUGCACGGCUCCAGCGCCUGCCCUCGUCCUCCUCAGAGAUGGGAAGCCAGGAGGUGUCCCCUCUGCAGGAGACCAGCAAGGACCCCUUCUCUGGGGACUGCAGCUGCCGGCAGGACGGGCUGACCGUCAUCAUCACCGCCUGCCUGACCUUCGCCACCGGCGUCACCGUGGCCCUCAUCAUGCAGAUCUAUUUUGGGGACCCUCAGCUGUUCCAGCGCGGGGCCGUGGUGACGGACGCGGCGCGCUGCACGGCGCUGGGCACCCGCGUGCUGGCCCGGCGCGGCUCCUCGGUGGACGCGGCCAUCGCCUCGGCCCUCUGCGCCGGCAUCGUCAACCCCCAUGCCUCGGGGCUGGGCGGGGGCGGGGUGAUGUUGGUCCACGACAUCCGCAAGAACAGGAGCUGGGUGAUCGACUUCCGUGAGGUGGCUCCCCUGGGCAUCCCGCUGGAAGGGGACCUGCAGCAGGACACCAAGCCAGGUCUGCUCGUGGGGGUGCCAGGCAUGAUCCAAGGAAUGCACCAGGCACACCAGUUACAUGGCAGGCUCCCGUGGUCCGAGCUGCUGGGCCUCACGGCCGGCGUCGCCCAGAACGGCUUUAACGUCACACAUGACCUGGCCAAAGCCCUGAGUGAACUGAAGGACCUGAACUUCUCUGACCGAUUCCACGAGCUCUUCCUGCCGGGUGGGCAGCCCCUGCUGCCUGGAAUGUUCGUCCGGCGCCCGGACCUCGCGGCCGUGCUGCAGCUGCUGGGGGCAGAAGGGGUCUCAGCCUUCUACAGCGGAAACCUGACCCAGGAGAUUGUCUCUGAGGUCCACAACUAUGGAGGAGUGUUGGUGGAGGAAGAUUUCAGCAAUUACAGUGUCACUGUGGAGGAGCCCGUGCACACAAUCUAUCGAGGGCACCUUGUUUUCACCCCCCCACCUCCACAUGCAGGUCCUGCACUGAUCACAGCACUGAACAUUCUCGAGGGCUUUAACAUCACAAGGCAAGGAUCCAGAGGGAAUAUCUUACACUGGAUAGCAGAGACACUAAAAAUAGCCCUGAGCCUGGCGAGCAACCUGGGAGACCCAUCUGGUGACGUGUCUGUCACUCACACAGCAGAGGGCAUGGUGAGUCAAUCAGAAGCCAGUUCCCUGCGGCAGCUGAUCAAUGGCUCCCAGUCCUUCCCGCCCGAGCCGCGCUCGGCCCUGCAGAGCGGCAGCGCCGCCAGCCAGGUCCUGGUCAUGGGCCCUGACGACUUCAUCGUCGCCGUGGUCAGUUCUUUGAACCGUCCCUUUGGCAGUGGAAUAGUAACACCCUCUGGAAUCCUCCUGAACAGCCAGAUGUUGGACUUCUCCUGGCAAAAUAAAACAAUGAACCACUCCAUUCCCAGGCUGCAAAACCUCCUUCAGCCUCGGAAGCGGCCGCGGUCCUUCCUGCUGCCCACCAUUGUGAGGCCCUCUGAGGGGAUGUGUGGCACCUACCUGUGUCUGGGAGCCAACAACGGGGACAGAGCCCUGAGCAGCAUCGUCCAGGUUCUGGUAAAUGUUUUAUCGUUCCACAAGAAUCUGAGUGAAAGUUUGUCACUCGGUCGACUGCACCCCCAGCUUCAGUCCAACACCUUGCAGGUUGACAGUGAGUUUCCUGAAGAAGAUAUUGAAUUUCUUGUGGCCAGAGGCCAUCAGGUGGAAAAAGUCCCAGUGGUAUCCCUGGUUCAUGGGGCCAGGAGAACCAACAGUUUCAUCAUUGGCCUGCAGGACCCCAGGAGUGCAGAUGCUGCUGGGGCCACAACCUUGUAGCAGCUCCCAGGGCCCUGUUCUGUGCCCAGGGCUGACACACAAGCCCAGUGAUGUGCAUGUUCUGAAGUGGCCCCUUCUCCAGCCCUGCACACUGCUGGGAAGAGGUUCUGCACUAACCACCCUGGCAGUACCAGAGGACAGCACCAAUAUCCAGCUCUCUUUUGAUUUCUCUGUUAUUUGGAUUGCAAGCAGCCCCACCCUUGUUACUGGAGUGGCAGGAGCACUUUUCUUUUGGCAGUCUUGCUAAUAGUUCAGUCUUUCCAAAGCCCAGUUCUAGCCAGCAUCUUACUUUUAGGGAUCAGGAGCAUGAGCAAGGGAAAAAACAGCUGCUGCUGCUGCUGUAAGUUUUGAUGAUGAUUAUUCUCAUCUCCCUGUGUUUCCCAAGUUCCUUCUUUGCCUCCAGUGUAAGUCAGUAAUUAAUAGAGCCUAGUAGUGUUUGUAGGUGCCUGCAGCUGGAAUACUGGGGAGUCCUCUAAUACUCCAUCUGAGCCACCUGAUUUUUACCAGCAUGCAGCAUCCCAGGGAAGUUCCUGUGCUCACAUCACUACAUACCUUGAAUUUUGGCAGUAAAUGUUUUGAAUCCAGUUGCUGCACAGACUCACUGGCAAUCUGACUUUGUAACCAGAGCAAUGGUUAUCAACAGCUCUACCAAAUUCUUCCUCUAACAACUUGUGCAUCUCCCAGUAGUUUUCUUACAGAGGUUCAACCUUGUCACUGAUUAAUGGUGAUGAGGUUUAACUUAGACAUUUUUUGGAGAUAUCUUAGCAGUACUCCACAGAGUUGUGAAAAACCACAGAUCAUGGACUGAAGACCACGUGGAGAGCAUUUGGGUGGGUUCAGAGCUUUACCUCCACUGCCUUAUCUCAGCCUGUUCCAAAAGCCUGGGUCAUUCCUACAGAGAGGCUUGGGAAUUUUUGCUGACUGAAUUAAUGGCUGUACUUUAGCUCUGUGUUUUAGUCCUAGUGAAUCUAUUGGAAAAGCUGAAGAGAGUGAGAGAAAAAGUACAAACCAAACUAAACACUACCAAGAUAAUUUUCUGUCCACAGCAUGUAGUGAAAAUAAAAGAAUGCUCUUGCAUUUCGUGUCUGAAAUUGAGAAGGGAAGAAUACCCCAGCUGACAUCUGCACCUGGUCAUUCAGCCCACAUUUGGAGAUUUCCUGUUUUUUUUUGCUGGCAAGUUUGAAUCACUUGGCACUAAAAAAAUCUGGAGUUUGAUCAUGUUCUGCAGUCUAAAAUGUGAUGUUUUCCUUCAUGAUGCAAAUGAACCCAUGGCCACUGUACAUAUUAUAUAUGUAUGUCUGCUUAUGGUUGUCUUGCUCUUUGAUUUGAUGAUCAUAACACUCACCUUAACCUUCCUCCCCAGGCACCUUGUGACACCUUGUUUGUGCCACCCUCUAGCACUCAAUGCCAUGGGCUGAUUUUGGGGUAGUCAGGGCCACAGGGCAGAUAAUUGGACUAAUUGUUCCUGCCACCUGAGAGCUGUGGAUCUCAGAGCACUGCAGUGAAGCACGUUGGGCUGAGUGAGAGCAGAGGUGUUUUCGUGCUCUGCUGAAGUGCAGCCACCCGUGAGAGGAGCACAGCAGCUCCCACUGCAGGACCAUCAGCAGCAUUUCCUGUUCCUAGUGCAUCCAUGCCCUCAGCUGGGACAGGGGAAGCACGAUCUGUGAUGUGCUCUGUGCUACCAAGAAGAGAAUUUCUUCACCACAGGGGCACCAAAUCUAUUAUUUAUUUCUCCAUCAUCAGCACUAGAGUUGGUCAGUGCCUGAGGACAGGGAGCUUGUAAAUGUGUCUUGGAGCAGAACUCUCCAGGCUCCACAGGAAGGGCAGGAGGCAGUUUUGUGUGUUGAACCUUUCUGGAGAUGAUCUGGGUGUUUCUGCUCUGUCCCAGCCCAGAUCUGUCCCUUGGGCAUGGAGGUUCUCUAUGAGCAACUGCAAAAUACGUGGAAGAGUCACUGUCAGUGCAGGGCUUUGCAUGAAAUGUCACAAAACACUUUAAAAGAUUAAAUUCCUCCUUUUUAAUCUAAUUCACCAACUCCUGAUGCUGGAGAGUGUGUAUAUAUGUUUGGGAGUAAAAGACUUUGGUCUUCAUUCAAAAGGGCACUCCUAUGUCUCAAAGUACAAUUUCACAGAAAUUAGCUAGAAUCUUAAAAUAAAGCAUGUUCCAAAGUGUUCUUCUGGAUCAUGGCCUGCAUUGCAAAAAAAAAGAAAAAAUUGAAAAUAAUUGGAAGAUGAGACCUAUGCCCCUGGGUUUUGGCCAAGAGAAGUAAAGGUAUUCCAAAUUAUUUAUCUUUUUUUUUCUGUUUAAAAGCAGCAUCAGUUUAGCAUAGAUGUACCCAACAUGGACAUCUUUUAUUUUCUAACUGGCCCUAUGUUUCUAGUAUUUUGAGCCCAUCUGCUGUGAUCUGAUGAAUUUAACAUCUAAUGAGUUAAAGAUCUGAUAAAUUUAACAUGAGGUACCAAGAAAUACCUGUUGUUUCCCUUGGUAUAGGUGAGAUGGACAUUGUGAAAUAAGGGGCUGUAUUGCAGAGAUGUGUGUGUUCAGAGUACCUGUGCUGAUUUCAGCCUGGCAUCUGACAGCUCUGAAGCAGAAUUUGUCCUGAAACUUUGUCAUGGAUGUCUCAAUGAGGAGCUCAGAACACAAAAUACAAAGAGGCUGAGAAUAACAGUAACGAUUUUAAAAGGAACAAAUUAAACACAAAGAAAGUAAAUACAUUUUUUAAAGAUGCCUUUACUAAAUAUGACAAAUCAUAACCUGGAAUGUGGCCAGCUUGUUUCUGCCCAGGUUUGCAGUGCUCCCUGUCAGCGUGUGCUGCUUUCACAUGAGGUUAAACUGGAGCCAGGCUCUGCCACUGAGCAUCAUCAGUUUAUCCAUGUCUCUCCCAAGGGCUGAACCUCUCGAGCACAGGUGACAAAUGCCUGGUGGCUUUGGGCACUGCUGCUCAGCUGGGCACAGUGAGCAGCCGGAGGGGGACGGGGCAGGAGGCAGCAGUGCCCUUUCAGCACAGGGAUGAGGAUGCUUUGGUUGGGCUGUGCCGUUCUGUUCCCAUCACUGUCCCAUUGAGGCCCAGACCUGGGGAGGGGCUGGAGCCUGCCUUGCUCCCAGCGCUCUGGGGGAGGCAGGGGCUGCUGGGGCGCUCAGUCACUGCUGGUGUGGCUUGGCACACGACAAGGGACCCCUGGGCACAGCUGUGGGACCUGCUGAAGAGCAGCCCUGGGCACAGCAGUGGUUCCUUCCCCCGGGGCAGCGGGUGCUGCCAGAGCAGGGGAGGGCAGAGAGCAGCCGCUGCUGCCAGAGCUGGGGCAGCAGCUUCGGGUCCCCCCUCUCCAGGGGUGAUGACCAGCGUCCCGCAGCUCUGCCAGUGUCACCCUGAGGGCUCUCUCAGCUGGGGCAGCAAGUCUGAAAGUGGCACUGAGUGCCGGCCGGCCGGGUCACCCUCUGGGUACCUGCUGGAGACUGUGCCCAGAUCAUCUCAGAGCCUCCUUCCACUGCUGCCCAACUCGAGGGGGAUGAGCCGGGAGACAAAGGGGAGUCAGGCCUCGGUAAACACCCUGAGAGGAGACUUGCAUCUCUUUUAUGAAUAUCAAAUAGGGAUUGGUACAGUUUUGCAAAGAGUCAGAUGGAGCAGGAAGAUCUCCUGUAGCACCUAGGCGUUUUCAGCAGUUUUGGAAAGCUGGCAGUUGGCACCUAGCCAGGGCAAAGAAAGCUCUGUCAGGCAGAGUUGGUUUCAGAGAGGCAGGGCACCAUUAAAAAUGGGGCACACUUGUGUGGAGGCAGGUGUAGUAGGAGCACCGAAGCACUGACACACACUGCCCUUGAAGGGCUCUCCAGUGAUCACAGCAUUUUUAGGUGCAGAUGGUCCUGGCAGAGCUGACCCGGGCUGCCUGUGAGGAGCAUCCCAUGUUAAAACAGCUCCUGGGCAGCCAUGGACCUUCACCCACCAGGACUGUUCCUGGCACAGCCAGGACUCCCCACCCAGCAGGUUUCACCUUUUCGUAUCGUCAGAGUCGAAGAGCAGAGAUUAACUCCUGUGUAACCUGAGUUAACCUGGGUGCCUUGCCCACCACAUCUGUGGCCAAUUGUCCACCUCUCUCACCACACAGUUUAACAAAACACCAGCUCCAAAGUGAUAGUGACUGCAAUGCAACAGAUCUCCCUCCCUUCUCUCCAAGUGAGCAUUGUAGCGGUGUUAGAGCAGAAAUUAUUUUGUUCAAGUGUACCAGUUUGAAAACAGACCAGUGGGAAAUCCCGAGUCAGAACUACAAUUUAAUAGGAAAAUUAAAAUAAAAUGCAGUAGUACAAAAACACUGACAGAGUCAGAA